CAACUCUUGCAGAGGGCAGAUAACUGUAAACUGUCUCCCAAACCGGCUUGCAUUUCGCUUGAGCAGGCGAGCAGAACUGGUUCUCAGCAUCGGUCAAGUCACAUGUUCGGACAUAACGCAUAAACCCCAAACCAGUCGUCCGUGACUUGCAUAAUCAACGAGAGGCUAAAGUUCACUUGCCUUGCUUCACUACUGCAACGCCAGGGAAGAACGGAGAAAGCACAGUUCUGUUGCGGAGUUUACAGUCGUGGUAUUUACCAUUUCGUGAGUGUGAGGCCAACAGAUAAGACAACAUGGAAAGCGUAAAGAACUUUGUGGCUGGUGGAGUUGGAGGAGUAUGCUGUGUUGCAACUGGCCAUCCCCUAGACACCAUCAAGGUGCGACUUCAGACGAUGCCAAAACCUGAACCAGGACAGUCUCCAUUAUACAAGGGCACAUUUGACUGUGCCAUGAAGACAAUUAGGCAAGAGGGCGUCCUGGGCCUGUAUAAGGGCAUGGCAGCUCCCAUCACGGGCGUUGCACCGAUCUUUGCCAUAUGCUUCUAUGGAUAUGGCGUGGGGAAGACUUUGCAGCAGAAGACUCCAAACCAGGAACUAUCGCACAUUCAGACAUUCAAUGCUGGUAUGUUGGCUGGAGUGAUGACCACUGUCAUCAUGGCGCCGGGGGAGCGAAUCAAGUGUCUGCUGCAGAUCCAGAACGCACAAGGCGGCGAGGCCAAGUACAAGGGCCCCAUCGACUGUAUGAAGCAGAUUUACAGGGAGUCUGGGAUCAGGGGCGUAUACCGCGGCACAUUCGCCACACUCUGCAGGGACGUGCCCGCUACUGGCAUGUACUUCAUGAGCUAUGAGUGGCUGAAGAGGGUGCUCACACCAGAGGGAAAGACUACAAGUGACUUGGGUGCAGCUAGGCUGCUGUUUGCCGGUGGAAUGGCGGGGAUCGCAAACUGGAUGGUGGCCAUGCCGCAAGAUGUGCUCAAGUCCAGGUUCCAGACAGCUCCCCACGGUAUGUACAACGGGAUCCGGGAUGUGUUCCGACACAUGGUCAAGGAGGAAGGCGUCCUGGCUCUCUACAAGGGCUUCACCCCCGUCUUGAUCAGGGCAUUCCCAGCUAAUGCUAUGUGUUUCUUUGGUUUUGAGAAGGCGAUGCAGUUCCUGAACUAUAUGUUUUGAUGCUGCGGAGAGCUAGAGAUGUGUGAUGUCCCGUAUGCCAGUUCCUCCUCCUCACAUCUCAGGGCCCUCAUUCUUUGAUGUCAUGCUCAGAACCUUGUCGCCAUGUGUCUGUCACAGACUUCACUGUGCCCUAAUCUUCCUGAGGCAAGCGUGUCCGCUAGCCUAUAUCAAAGCCUAGUUUCUACCCUUGCCACAUCAAGGCCACUUUUUAGGCUCGAUCCUGGCGCCACCUCGCGUGGAUCACAAGUUGUGCCCCUUGUAAGGAAAACACAAUCAGAUCGCUGUGCUUAUCUCGUAUAGCUUCACAAAGAUGGCGACUACCAUCGGCGACGACCUAGUCGAUCAGAUUACGAAAACGUUUGUGGUUUCAUCCCUGACACAAACACAUAGGCAAUCGUUUGUCAUUUGGGGGGGGGGGGGACAUAUUUGUUUCAUCAAAGACAGGCAGUGGUAAAUCACUUUCAUACGAAGAUGUCCCAGUCGUGGAUGUUGACAUUGUGAAACGUUCUCUGAUUGGACAGUUGAUAUGUGUGAUAGUCCAAUCAUAUUUAGCACAGGAAAGUGGGCUUGAUGUGGCAAGGGUGGAAACAAGACUUUCUUAAAAUGGUUAGUGGAUGCUCUUGCCUCAGGAAGAUGUUAAGCUAUUAUCCCUUGAUUUCCUCUAACAAACGCCCAUACAACACACCUUCCAGUUUACAGGCAAUUGUAAAUUGACAUUUCUGUUGUGUUAUGAAUAUUCAGUUUUUGAACAUUUCUUCUCCAGGCAAGUUUUGCCUCACUGUGAUAUGGUUAGUGUUUAGCAUAUGGUUAUGUUAUAGCCUGUCUAGGGGCGGUAGAGUAGCCUAGUGGUUGAAGCGUUUGCUUGCACUCAGAAGAUCCAAGUUCAAUUCCCCCCAUGGGUACAAUUGCUGGAUUAUUGCUUAAGUGUCAUAAAACCAUACUCACUAGCAUGUCUAAAGGGAGGUAAAUAAUGAUUACUAUGUCUUGAUGGAAUGUGGCAGAAGAUUUGAAUAUUUUUUUUCUAUUUAUUAUCUGAAAACACCUAAAGUUCAUUUUUUCAUUGAUAACUGAAGCUGCUUGAUCAGCAGAAUAUUGAAAAGAAACUGUUUGAAAUUGUUCUAUUAAAUAUUGAUCAACUUAAUAUUUAAAUAACUUCUUUGAUAAGCAUUUAGAAGUUGGAGUAUUAGUAAGGAUAGGAUUUAUGGAUAAACAACUUCUUUAUUACAAUUAAGAGCGACGUUUUGGUGUCGGUUAUCACUUGCGUAAUAACGGGAGAAGAACCUACACUGAAAUGUCACUCUUAAUUGUAAUAAAGAUGUUCAUCCAUGAACCCUAUCUUUAAAUGUGGUACCCAUUUUGUGAAGUCAAAUAGCAAAUAGUGUGGGAUGGAGAAAAACAGAUACCUGUCUACAUAUUCAUGUGCAGUGACAAGUCCAGAAUACGUACGGGGUCCAAUCCCUUUCUGGAAGAUUUGUCUACAAACAGAUUGCAGCACCCACUCCCAUUCAUCUUACAAUUCAUUUGUGUUUGGUUAUGGCUGACAAUGUCGUGUGAGUGAGUGCUGAUUAUCCUUAAAGUGAAGAGAAUGGUUCAGUGGUGUAUUGCAAGUUGUUACUGAUCUCUUUCAGCCUUUUUAUUUUUAUCAGUUGGUUUACAAAGAUUUCGGCCUGAAAUUCAAUGUGGAUGGUCGAAAAAAUAAUUUCAACUUCCAGAUUAGCACUGCUUCUAAUGAACGAAAAACAGAAGAGUUUUAACAUGGCAAGAUACUGAAAGAUAAUUGAUUGGGUUUUUUUUAGAAUAAAGAUUUUGUACAUGUUAUUUAGAAUUUUUACUCACAGCGGUGAUUUUCCCAUUUCACGUAAUUGUUAAACAGGGUCGGCCAAAAUCAAUUUGUCAAAAAUCAUUUUAAUAUGUUUACAAUUUCAGAUUCUUUUGGGGUCGGUGGGUCUACUAAAUAUAAUUAUAAGGCCCCUUGUUGCAUAUUAUUCACAAAUAUUCAGCACAUUUAUUUUACACAGUGUUAUCUGUGUGUCGUUUGUAUGUUGUAUAGUAGGACUGCACUGUAGUAUCUGAUUUUUGUGUAUGGUGGAGAAGUGGAUGUGUGAAAGGAAUUAUACCUGUAUCUGUUCAAGCAGUGUUCGACUGUGGAGAGAAUUCUUACUGAUAUAUUAUCAAGUCCAUCCAAUAAUCCACAGAAUAAAAUAUGUGUACAUUUUAUUAAACAUGAACUUCAGUCAAGCAUACAGAAGUUUGAUGAAAAUAAAGAUUUUUACAUAA